GUUGUUGUGAGGACACAGGCAGGAAGAGACGCUGUAAACUUGUGCUGCCCUUCAUCGCUUCCACUGUCUCCUGGCCACACCCAUAUUCUCUCAUUCACCUCCUGAUUGGUGGAGCUGCCACCAACAGUCUGCUGCCUCUCCUUCCUUCCUCUCCUCUCCAUCCUCCCCCCACUCCGUUCUCUGCCUCCUGCCAGUGAAUGAGUGCUCAGGCUGGAGCUGGACAGCGCUGCCUCUCUCUCUCUCUCCUCCAUCUCUGCCUCAGUCUGUCCUUUCCUGUCUUCGCAGACAGAGGAGCAUCGGCAACGAGGGAGGCAACACGUAGAGGGGAGAGGAAGUCGACAAACCUUUCUUUAUUAUUAAUUUUUUUUAUUCUGAGGAAAGGCACAAGCUUCUGAACAUCUCCAACAGCUGCAGACAAAUCUGAGGCGAAACAGUUCAAUCUGGAAGGGAAGCAACAGAUUGCCCUUUGCCUGCAACUGUUGCUGCAACUGAUGUCACUCCAACUGAUCUGCUUUACGAAGACAAUCUCUCCUUUGCUCCGUGCGAAGCAGGAGGUACGGAUGAUGCUGGGAGGCAAGGAUAAAAGUCUGUGAUUCAGGAGGGAGAUCACACGGUUCAUGUUGGGUGUGAACAUCACCUUCGGUCCUCCUCCUCCUCCUCCUCCUCCUCUCCUCCGACAUCAGGACCUGAAGCUGGAUGUACAGAGAGAGGACGUUAGCCUGACACGCAGACUUCACAGAGUUCUGCUGUGAAUUAAAAACAUCAACAUCGAGUUGAAUUAGCGUAAUGACACUGGUAAGACCCGUCAAUCUCAGCUCUGACUUCUGAGGACCUGAAGGGUCGGAGAGGAAGAUGCGCACGAGGGUCUGCAACAACAAAACGAGAUGAAUGAAUCAGAGAAACACAGCCGUGCCUCAGAAAGUCAAAGGUAGAAACAAGAGAAACCGUACAGAAAGUGAGCAGGGAUAUCUUCUAGGAUGUUUGUGAACGAGUGGAGCUCACAUUUUGUCUGAUAUUUAAAACAAGAGAGAAAUAUAAAAAUCUCUGAGGUGCUGCAGGCGCUGUCGGAGUCGUGGCACUUUGGUUUUCGACUCUUCUUUUCCGGGGUGAAGCGGAUCUGCCGUGGGGGGCAGCUGACAGCCAUCCAAGACGCCGCGAGCCGUACUCCGCGUGAAGAAUGCCCAGCCGCGCCUGGCCAAGCCGGCCGACCCGGGCCCGACGGCGGGGCUCUACAUGGAGCGCUCGCAGAGCCGCAUCAGCCUGUCGGCGUCCUUCGAGGCCCUCGCCAUCUACUUCCCCUGCAUGAACUCCUUCGACGAGGACGAUGGAGUGGACACAGACGGCAGGAAGCUGAAGGGAGCCAUCCAGAGGAGCACAGAGACGGGUCUGGCUGUGGAGAUGCCCAGUCGGACCGUCCGCCAGGCCAGCCACGAGUCCAUCGAGGACAGCAUGAACAGCUACGGCUCCGAGGGCAAUCUGAACUACAGCGGCAUGUGUCUCGCAUCAGACGCCCAGUUCAGUGACUUCCUGGAUGGAAUGGGCCCCGCCCAGUUCGUUGGGCGGCAGACGCUUGCAAUGACGUCGAUGGGUGAUGUAGAAAUUGGUCUGAUGGAGAGGAACGGGGGUCUGGAGGUGGAGGUGGUCCAGGCUAGAGGACUCACAAUGAAACCAGGUUCAAAGGCACCCCCAGCUGCAUACAUCAAAGUUUACCUCCUGGAGAACGGAGUCUGUGUGUCCAAGAAGAAGACCAAGUCGGUCCGGAAGUCUCUAGAUCCUCUCUACAACCAGGUUCUGGUCUUCUCAGAAAGCCCACAGGGGAAAGUAGUGCAGGUGAUUGUUUGGGGGAACUACGGACGAAUGGACCGUAAAUGCUUCAUGGGCGUGGCCCGGAUCCUGUUGGAGGAGCUGGACCUCAGCGCGAUGGUGAUUGGCUGGUACAAGCUGUUCCCUACCUCCUCGAUGGUGGACCCCACCAUGGCACCACUCAUCCGUCACUCGUCUCAGAUGUCUCUGGAGAGCACCAUCGGGCCGUGCUGUGACAGAUCCUAAUAUUUGGACAGAAUUGUCGUUUUGAUGCUGUCACUCAGAUGCUAAGCUAAUUUAGCUAAAACGUUUUUAUAAACUGAUGCACUGCGGAUGGUUCAGCCGAGCGUUCUUGUUGAAGGUGGGCAUCAGUUGUUUCUCUGAAGAAGAUUUCACAGAUUGAACCAUAUUGGGGAUAAUGGCUGCCUGGAAAAUGACUCAGCUAACUAGCAGGCUAACCUGCAGUCAUUUGUAAUGUAUGAUAAUUUUUUGAAAUUGAGUCGUUUCCUGGUCAGAGCAGGAAGCGAGUUUCUUUUGUUGUUGUAACGGACCAUCCUCGGGUCUCAAAGGGAAACUUUUGCUGUCUUCAGAUGUCUUUGAUGAAAAAAAAAAACAAAAACAAAGUAAAACCCUUCAUAAUGAGGAUACUUCAAAGCAGCGCUCCGUUGCCAACAUCGAUCCCGUCCUUUUGGGACCGGAGAACACAGCAGGCUCAGCUUUGCUUCUUCUUCACGCCUUCAUCACGUCCUACAUUCAGUUUUCAUUCCCAGGACUGCUUGUUGUCUUUCUGGACGGUCGUGUUUAUUCAGCCGACUGGAGGUAAAGUUACAAUGAAGAACCAAGUCUCCCUGUUUGAAUGGAUCCGUGAGCAGGACUAAAGAACAUGCUGUAACAUAAGACGUUUUAGUUUUAAAUAGUCAAACUUGUUGUUUUUAUUUUGUUUGUGUUUGAUAUUCAGCUCCUCGUUAUUUAACUGUCUGGGUUAAAUAUGUUAAUGUAAGUGCAGCAGACAUGCUCUGAAGCCACUUUUCACUUCUGGAAAAGAUCCAGAUCUUUAUCCCGACUACAGAACCAAAGGUUUCUGCUGUUGAUUACGUUCAUGCACAGUGUUAGAAAGAAAUAAGUGGAUUAUACUUGUGUCAUUAUGACCCAAUGUUUGGAGACAUUAUUAACCUGUUAUUUUAUGGGAUGAUUCUUGCAGGUUAUAAAACUAUGGAGGUACAUAUGUAUCAAAACUAUGGAGGUACAUAUGUAUCAAAACUAUGGAGGUACAUAUGUAUCAAAACUGGAGGUACAUAUGUAUCAAAAUAUGGAGGUACAUAUGUAUCAAAACUAUGGAGGUACAUAUGUAUCCAAACUAUGGAGGUACAUACAGUAUGUAUCGAAACUAUGGAGAUACAUAUGUAUCAAUACUAUGGAGGUACAUAUGUAUCAAAACUACGGAGGUACAUAUGUAUCAAAACUAUGGAGAUACAUAUGUAUCAAAACUACAGAGGUACAUAUGUAUCAAAACUAUGGAGGUACAUAUGUAUCGAAACUAUGGAGAUACAUAUGUAUCAAAACUAUGGAGGUACGUAUCGAAACUAUGGAGGUACAUAUGUAUCAAAACUAUGGAGAUACAUAUGUAUCAAAACUAUGGAGGUACAUAUGUAUCAAAACUAUGGAGGUACAUAUGUAUCGGAACUAUGGAGGUACAUGUGUAUCAAAACUGUGGAUGUACAUAUGUAUCAAAACUGUGGAAGUACAUAGGUACCUCUAUAGUUUUGAUACCUAUGUACGUCCAUAUAAAACAACCAAAACUAUUAUUUUAAUUAAUGGCACUUUUGAUUCUUAUUAGAGAGUUCUCACUUAUGAUCCAGGUGCAACUGCAACCGAAAUAUUUAAAUCCAAUCACCUGAAGAGUUUUCUUCCUGUGUGUGAAAAAUGUAAAAAAAAAAACUAAACAUGUCCAUAAAAUCCUUCUUGCCUAAUAAUUUAAAACCGCUGAACUAAAUUUGACUUUAUGCAUGCAAAAUGUUUUAUUACAUUGGAAUUUGAAGCGACUAAUGGUAAAUGCAUGAGAUUAGCACGUUUAAAUCUUGCUAAACCCUGGCAGGAUAGAAAAUGUGAAACAGCCAGGUGUAAAAAGGGGGGUCUGGUUUUGUCUCCGAUCACUUCUGUUGUGUUUUCACAAUCACGGUCCUCGUGCAAAGUGCAGCACUUGUUGCUAUAAAUGAAUUUUAUCACCUACAGAGACAGAAAACGAGGAUUGAAGCUUUGCUUGUCAUGCAGAUCUGACAGUUUGCUGCUUUAAUCCUAGUCAGGAACGUGUUUAGCUGAUAUUUUAGAUGUAGGUUUCUAAUAUUCCCUCCAUCUCUGUUUUUAUGCUUCGGCCACCAGUUGUCUAAUAACAGUUUCUACUCUGCCAAUUUCUACCAGCAAGUGUCUUCUCCUUCCUCUUCCUCAAUUAUCUCAUGGCAUGUGUCAUCGUGAGGGAGGAGCAGAAAACCACCACUCACAACAUCUAACAGCAGUGUUCAGGCCAUGCAGAAAAGCGUCCCCUUUAUUCCAAAUUAAAGCCCUGAUCCUCUGAAUGCAAAGCCACCUGGUGUUUCUGCUCCAACUCAAACUGGAGGGAGGAGCAGAGAGAGAGAAAAGAGCAUGAAAUGCAUUUUGGAUCAAGCAAACAAAGGAUGAGUCUGCUGACGUCAGGACUUCAAAAUAAAUAAAUAAAUAAAUAAAUAAAGGACAGAAAUAGGAUGAAUUUAAAGGGAACAAAACGUGUACACUGUAGAGACAUUUUAUUGAUGAGCAAAUGUCUUUUAUUCAGGCACUUUAGAAUUCACAGUCUUUUAUAUGUAAAUAUGACCAUUGUUUGUGUCUUUUGGAGUGAGCCAAAGUAAAUCUGUAAGUUCAUUCUUAUUAACUCGAGCAGAAGGAAGUUAUAUUCUUGCUAGUUGUCGUAAGAUCGUAGCGUUAGCUGGUAGCAUCUGCAUGACUGAUUCAAUAAUUAGCACACAUCUUAAAAUUAAGCAUGAGCUGAAAGCUGCACAGGAUGAGGAUUUUUCACAAGUGUUGUUAGAAACUAUUAUUUCUAAAGACGUUGGGACAUUAAAAUAAAAACAGAAACUGAAUGCAGUGAUAUGUAAAUCUCAGAAAAUCAGAUUUUAUUUACAGUGGAAUAAAAACAUCAAAAACUAAAAAUAAGAGAGAUAUGGCCACUAAAAAAAUACAAUAAUUUUGACUUUUUUCUCCAAAUUCUGAGAUCAAAGUCCGAAUUCUGAGUUUUUUUCCCCUCAGAAUUAGGAAAAAGUCAGAAUUCUGAGAUUAAAGUCAGAAUUUUGAGCUCAUAAUUCUGAGAAAAAAGGCAGAAUUCAGACUUUUUUCUCUGAAUUCUGAGAUCACAGUCUAAAUUUAGACUUUUUUCUUCAAAUUCUGACUUU